AUGUACGCUGACGAGCAUUGUACCGCUGAACCCAACGGCAAAGAAUUGGUGAAACCUGAGACCGCUGCACGAGGAACUCCGGCGAUCAAGAGGAGAGUCUCGCGGAAAAAAGUGGACGCGCUGGCAGGCGACGAGCAUUCCACGAGAGUUCGAAUUUCGAUCUUGACCUCCGAUUUGCAAGGGGAAGAGGAAAGGGUAAAGAUGUGA